GAUUGAUCGAACAAGCACAGAAGUCACUUGGUACUUCAACCGAGAGCAUUCACAACUAUCCCAGAGGAAUAGUCGGUGUUCACGAUGAAGCUGCUAGUUUCGCUGUUGGCCUUAUCAUGCGCUAUUGCAUAUACGAGCGCUGAUUUACCGAGAGAUCAAUCGCUGCCGCAAUCAACCGGACCGGUUCUACCGCAUAAUCCGCGUUUUCCACGUGAAGCCAACCCCCAAAGAAAUUCGAUAAGCUUCCAAGGUAGCCAGCCUCUGAGCGGUCCGAGUCGUCAACCUUCGUGGGACCUCAACUUCAAUCGUAACAUCGCGAAUAACGACCGCACCAGGGCGGACGUUUUCGGCGGAGUGAGUAAAAUACCUGGACAACGAGCGCAGCCGCACGUCGGUAUCCAGGUUGAAAGAAACAUCGGCAAGAACGGUUUCAUCGGCGGUUCCGGCCAACUUCAGCCGCGUCCUGGAGGUCACGGUGUCUCCCCAUCGUUCGGCAUAAACGGUGGCUUCCGGUUCAGAAGGGAAGCCAACCCCCAAAGAAAUUCGAUAAGCUUCCAAGGUAGCCAGCCUCUGAGCGGUCCGAGUCGUCAACCUUCGUGGGACCUCAACUUCAAUCGUAACAUCGCGAAUAACGACCGCACCAGGGCGGACAUUUUUGGAGGAGUGGGAAAAGUACCUGGACAACGAGCACAACCGCACGUUGGUAUCCAGGUUGAAAGAAACAUCGGCAAGAACGGUUUCAUCGGCGGUUCCGGCCAACUUCAGCCGCGUCCUGGAGGUCACGGUGUCUCCCCAUCGUUCGGCAUAAACGGUGGCUUCCGGUUCAGAAGGGAAGCCAACCCCCAAAGAAAUUCGAUAAGCUUCCAAGGUAGCCAGCCUCUGAGCGGUCCGAGUCGUCAACCUUCGUGGGACCUCAACUUCAAUCGUAACAUUGCGAAUAACGACCGCACCAGGGCGGACAUUUUUGGAGGAGUGGGAAAAGUACCUGGACAACGAGCACAACCGCACGUUGGUAUCCAGGUUGAAAGAAACAUCGGCAAGAACGGUUUCAUCGGCGGUUCCGGCCAACUUCAGCCGCGUCCUGGAGGUCACGGUGUCUCCCCAUCGUUCGGCAUAAACGGUGGCUUCCGGUUCAGGAGAGAAGCCAACCCCCAAAGAAAUUCGAUAAGCUUCCAAGGUAGCCAGCCUCUGAGCGGUCCGAGUCGUCAACCUUCGUGGGACCUCAACUUCAAUCGUAACAUCGCGAAUAACGACCGCACCAGGGCGGACAUUUUUGGAGGAGUGGGAAAAGUACCUGGACAACGAGCACAACCGCACGUUGGUAUCCAGGUUGAAAGAAACAUCGGCAAGAACGGUUUCAUCGGCGGUUCCGGCCAACUUCAGCCGCGUCCUGGAGGUCACGGUGUCUCCCCAUCGUUCGGCAUAAACGGUGGCUUCCGGUUCAGGAGAGAAGCCAACCCCCAAAGAAAUUCGAUAAGCUUCGAAGGUAGCCAGCCUCUGAGCGGUCCGAGUCGUCAACCUUCGUGGGACCUCAACUUCAAUCGUAACAUUGCGAAUAACGACCGCACCAGGGCGGACAUUUUUGGAGGAGUGGGAAAAGUACCUGGACAACGAGCACAACCGCACGUUGGUAUCCAGGUUGAAAGAGACAUAGGCAGGGACGGUUUCAUCAGAGGUCACGGCCAGUUUCAACCGGGUCCAGGAGGCCACGGGAUAUCCCCUUCCGUUGGUAUAACUGGUGGCUUCCGGUUCAGAAGGGAAGCGGAGGAUGACGAAGAUGACACGCAGCUCAUCGAGGAGUAUUAAAUCUCACCGAGGAAUAUUAAAUCUUAUAGUUAAGUAGCGGCUAUGUACAUAGAUGUGUAAUUU